GGCCGGUCUUUUAAAGGCCUGCAACUGGCCCCGAGGCGCCAGGAGGCCCUGGGCGGUCCGCUCACCUACGCUGCCAGGGGCACCAUGGGCCGCUACCACAUCUGCGUAGCCACCGGGGCCUGGAUCUUCUCUGGGUCGCACAACCGCGUGCAGCUGUGGCUGGUCGGGGCGCGCGGGGAGGCGGAGCUGGAGCUGCAGCUGCGGCCAGCGCGGGGCGAGGAGGAGGAGUUCGAGCACGACGUCCCCGAGGAGCUGGGGCCGCUGCAGUUCGUGAAGUUGCGCAAACACCACUCACUGGUGGACGACGCGUGGUUCUGCGACCGCAUCACGGUGCGGGGCCCCGGAGCCCACGAGACAGCGACCUUCCCGUGCUACCGCUGGGUGCGCGGCGACGGUGUCCUGAGCCUGCCUGAGGGCAGCGCCCGCCUGGCAGUAGACAAUGCCUCGGACAUCUUCCAGAAACAUCGAGACAAGGAACUAGAGGAAAGACAGCAGAUGUACCGGUGGGCCACCUGGAAGGAAGGCCUGCUCCUGACAAUAGCAGCAGACUCUAAGGACGAUCUACCCCCCAAUAUGAGAUUCCACGAGGAUAAGAGGCUGGACUUUGAAUGGACGCUAAAGACAGUGGCUCUGGAGAUGAUCUUCAAACGUGUUUACACUCUCCUGAGCUCCUGGGACCGUCUAGAAGACUUCGAUCAGAUCUUCUGGGGCCAGAAGAGUGCCCUGGCUGAGAAGGUUCGGCAGCACUGGCAGGACGAUGAGUUUUUUGGCUACCAGUUCCUCAAUGGCGCCAACCCCAUGCUGCUGCGACGCUCCACCUGCCUGCCCUCUAGGCUAAUGCUGCCAUCGGGGAUGGAGGUGCUUCGCGUCCAACUGGAGAAAGAACUCCAGAACGGCUCCCUGUUUGAGGCUGACUUUAUCCUGCUGGAUGGACUCCCAGCCAAUGUGAUCCGAGGAGAGCAGCAGUACCUGGCUGCCCCCCUCGUCAUGCUGAAGAUGCAACCCGAUGGGAAGCUGCUCCCCAUGGUCAUCCAGAUUCAGCCUCCCAACGCCGGCUCUCCCACCCCAACACUGUUCCUGCCCUCAGAUCCCCCACUUGCCUGGCUCCUGGCCAAGUCCUGGGUCCGAAAUUCAGAUUUCCAGCUGCAUGAGCUCCAGUAUCACUUGCUGAACACGCAUCUGGUGGCUGAGGUCAUCGCUGUCGCCACCAUGAGGUGCCUCCCGGGACUGCAUCCUGUCUUCAAGCUCCUCAUGCCCCAUAUCCGCUACACCAUGGAAAUCAACACCCGGGCCCGGAGCCAACUCAUCUCCGAUGGAGGAAUAUUUGAUCAGGCAGUGAGCACAGGUGGAGGGGGCCAUGUGCAGCUGCUACGCCGGGCAGUGGCUCAGCUGACCUACCACUCCCUGUGCCCUCCUCACGACCUGGCUGAGCGGGGCCUGCUGGGAAUCCCAAGUGCCCUCUACGCCCACGAUGCUUUGCGGCUCUGGGAGAUCAUCACCAGGUACGUGGAGGGCAUCGUCCUCCUCUUCUACCAAAGCGAUGACGUUGUGAGGCGUGACUCCGAGCUGCAGGCCUGGUGUCGGGAGAUCACUGAGGUGGGGCUGCGCCAGGCCCAGAACCGAGGUUUCCCCAUCUCCUUCCAGUCCCAGACUCAACUCUGCCACUUCCUGACCAUGUGUGUCUUCACGUGCACAGUCCAGCAUGGGGCCAUCAACCAGGGCCAGCUGGACUGGUAUGGCUGGGUCCCGAAUGCCCCAUGCACAAUGCGGAUGCCCCCACCUACCACCAAGGACGAUGUGACAAUGGCUACGGUCAUGGGGUCACUGCCUGAUGUCCGGCAGUCCUCUCUUCAGAUGGCCAUCACGUGGCAUCUGGGUCGCCAGCAGCCAGACAUGGUGCCUCUGGGGCAUCACAAAGAAGAAUAUUUCUCAGAUCCCAAGGCCAAAGCUGCGCUAAGCCAAUUCCAAACAGAUCUGGAAAACUUUGAAAAAGAGAUCACAGCCCGGAACGAGCCCCUUGACCUGCCCUAUGAAUACCUGAAGCCCAGCCGCAUAGAGAACAGCAUCACCAUCUGAGCUGGACGGCGCGCCCCCAGGAGGACGGGCCUCUGCGUCCUGAAUGUUACCUGCUUUCCCAACUCCGCUGCCGGGACUCCGGGUCCUCCCCCGGGUGAGCCCUCGACAUCAGCAGUGCCUAGUCAGGGGGACACUCAACUCUGUAAAGGACAGAGUGAGAUUUGGGGCUUUGUAGACCACACAGUCUCCAUCACAACUUCUAGGCACAGACGAUACAGAAACAAACAAGUGUGGUUGUGUGCCAAUACAACUCGAUUCAUGGAAUACACCAAUAUAUGACCUUCACAGGUCUCCAAGCACUCAUACUUAGGUUUAUUCAGCCAUUUUAAAAUGAAGCGGGGGGGCUGCUGUUGUGGCACAGUGGGUAAAGUUGCCACUUGCAACACCGGCAUCCCAUAUGGGCACCGGUUCCAGUGCGAGCUGCUCUGCUUCUGAUCCAGCUCCCUGCUAAUGGCCUGGGAAAAGCAGCAAAAAGAUGACCCAAGUUCUUGGGUCCUCGCCACCCACGUGGGAGACCCAGAUGGAAUUCUUGGUGCCUGGCUUCCACUGAAGCAUUUUGGGGAGUGAACUAGCAGAUAGAAGAUGUUUCUCUCUCUCUCUCUCUCUCUCUCUCUCUCUCUAUAUAUAUAUAUAUAUAUAUACACACACAUAUAUAUACAUAUAUAUGUAUAUGUAUAUAUAUACAUAUACAUAUAUAUGUAUAUAUAUACACAUAUAUAUAUCUGCUUUUCAAAUAACUGAAUAAAUCUUUAAUAAUAGAAUGCAAAAACAUGUUUUAAAUGUGCUUUGCUUCAGGGAUGUGCACAAGUUACAAGGUGAAUUUGGCCCUGGUAGCCUGCACUAACUUGGAUCUCUGAUGGUAAUUCCAAAACACCCAAGAGCUUGGGGGUGGGGUGGAUGGCGGUACAGGGAGAGUCAGAGAAAUCAGCUACUUCCAUUUAUUCUCCUUUCCCAGGAACUAGCUAGUUGCUUGGUGACCAGCUUACAAAUUCCUGACCCCUAUUCCUCCCAUUCAUACAUGUACUCCCCAAAGUCCCUGAGUAAGAGUGGUGCUCCUGGGGCAAAAUAAAAACUUUGGCCUCAAAAUGCCUUCCCUCCCUAGACAGUCCCAAACAGAAAAGAUAACAAAAUUCAUGUUUCAAUUCCACUUUCCCAGCCCCUUUAAUACCCUGGGAGCUCCACGUGUUUCCCAAAUUCCAAGUUCUCUUUCACAACCAUUUCAAAAACAGUAUGUAGGAGCCAGGGCUAUGGUGCAGAGGGUUAAAGCCCAGCCUUCAGUGCUGGCAUCCCAUAUGGGUGUCGGUUCAAGUCUCAGCUGUUCCACUUCAGAUCUAGCUCCCUGCUAAUGCACCUACGAAAGCAAUGGCAGAUGGCCCAAGUCCUUGGGCCCCUGAACCCACAUGGGAGACCCAGAAGAAGCCCCUGGCUCCUGGCUUCAGGAUGGCCUAGCUCUGGCUGUUGCAGCCAUUUAGGGAGUGAACCAGUGGAUGGAAGGCCUCUCUGUCUAUACCUCUCUAUAUAACUCUUUCAAAUAAAUAAAAUAAAUCUUUAAAAAUUAAAAAAAAAAAAGUGUGUGAGGACUGGCAUUGUAGCAUAGCAAGUAAAGCCAUUGCAUGCGAUGCUGGCAUCCCAUAUGGGCACCAGUUCAAUUCCUGGCCGCUCCACUUCUGAUCCAGUUCCAUGCUAAUGGCCUAGAGAAACCAGUGGGAGACAGCCCAAGAGUCUGGGUCCCCACCACCCAAGUGGGAGACCUGGAUGAAACUCCUGCUUCAGCCUAGCUCAGCCUUGGCCGCUGCAGCCACUCGGGGAACGAACCAGUGGAUGGAAAAUCUCACUCUCUUCCUCCAUCUCUGACUUUCUAAUAAGUAAAUUAAAAAAUGCAAACCAAUAUGCUACCUAUUUUUAGACACUACAAUUAUAGGUCAUUUAUUUUGUUCUGGUCCUUUACCCUAACUAGUACUUUCCACAAUUUUGUAUUAAAAAAUAUAAAAACAAACAAGAAAAAGCACAACACUCAGUCACACAUCAAAUAAGGAGAAAAACUUUGCUAUUUUUUUUACCAUGCUCAAAAACAGCAUCGUUGAAAAAGUAAGGUAGAGAUAUAGUUUGGUUUUGGAAAUCUGUUUUAAUAGUGUAAGAUUUUAUAAAAUAUUUAAAAGACACAAUGUAGAAAAUGGACAUCAAACACAUUAGAGUUAUUGCCUUUAUGUAGAUGGAAGGAAAAUUAUGGAAAAGGGAAUAAAUGAAUCACUAAAUGAAAUAGUGAGCUGUUCUAAUAAAGUAAUAAAAUUCAAAGUCUUUGUAUCAUUAGCAAGUAUACCCCAGCCUGGACUGAAGCAAAUAAAAUUGUAAUUUUAAAAUGAAAAAAAUAAAUUAAUUAAUUA